ACUACACCAAUUUUUAUCAAAAGCAUUUUAGGGGGUUGAGUUUUCCAACAAUUUCAUCAGUUGGUCCACAUGGGGCAAUUAUCCAUUAUUGUCCAAUGGUGGAAUCAUGUGCUGAACUUGAUCCAGAUAGCAUGUACCUAUUUGAUUCAGGAGCUCAGUAUCUAGAUGGAACAACUGAUAUAACCCGGACAGUUCAUUUCGGAAAACCUACAUCUCAUGAGAAAGCAUGUUAUACUGCGGUUCUCAAGGGUCAUAUUGGACUGGGGAAUGCUCGGUUUCCUACUGGAACUACUGGGCAUAUUCUCGAUAUUCUUGCACGGGUCCCUUUGUGGAAGGAUGGUCUUCACUACAGACAUGGUACUGGUCAUGGAAUUGGGUCUUACCUAAAUGUUCACGAAGGACCUCAUCAAAUUAGUUUCAGACCACCUGCUCGGAAUGUGCCAUUACAACCUUCAAUGACUGUUACGGAUGGUAAGUAUCUAAUUUUUGGAACUCAUUUGCUUUGAUUUCUGGGCCCAGCC